AUGUAAAAUAAAGACGUCUCAAGUAAACUUUAUGUCAUUUAUCAUGACCCUUGUCUAGAUGGAAUUUAUUCUUUAACUGGACUUGUUUUACCCAUUCUUGUUAAAAUCAAAAAAGAUAACUGGACUAUUUAAUAAUAUCUUUAAUUACUCAAAUAACAACUCACUAAAAUAUCUAAAGAAAUACAAACAAUCUAAUAAUUUAAACAAGAAAUCCUUUAUUAAGAUGAACCUAUUGAAAAUUAAAAUAUGGGUUUCUUCUAUCCUACUAUUUAAGAUUUAUGCUAUAUGCCUAUAAGAUUAAGUGAAGAUUCUAAUGAAGUUUAGAAAAUCAUCAAAUUUUUAAAUGAAGAUUCCAAAUCUUCCAUUUUAAUUAUUGUUGAUUAUUUUGGAAGAACAUGGGAAAAUCUAUUAUUGCUAACUUAAAAAUUUUAAUAUGUGAUUGUUAUUGAUCAUCAUUAAACAUGUGUUAAUUCCAUUCCAGAUUAUAAAGCUGAUAAAUAUUAAGUCUUAAAUAAAGUCUCAGGAAUUGAAAAUCUAUUUAUGUUAGUAAGUAUAGAUAAGGCUGCAUGUUUAUUAGUUUAAGAUUUUCAUGAAUAAAUAUUUUAAACUAAAUAUACAUCAUUACUUCCUCCAAAUAUAGGAACUAAAUUUACAUUAUUUACUAAAUAUAUUUCAGAUAAUGACUUAUUUGUUUUAUAAUAUCCUGAAACAGAACCUUUAUAAAUGGCAAUAAUGAGAAGAAGAUUAUAAUUUGACGUUCGUUAGAAUCCAGCAAUCUUUUAUAAAUUGUUAGAAUUCGACUUUGAAUUUUUAAUAAAAGAAGGAAAAUAAUUAGCAAUAUAAAGAAAUAAAAAAGUUGAAAGUUUAGUUAAGAAUCGUAAAACUGUAGUAUUUGGAAAAGAUGCAGUAGGUUAUGCACUAUAUUGUGAUGAUUUGAGUAUUAUGAAUCCUUUAGGUAAUGCAUUAGGUAUCUUGGCUAUGAGAUCUGGUGAUUAAAAUUUAGGUGCUGUUUAUCAUGAUGAUAAAACUAACUCAACUUAAUAUAAAAUUCAUUUGAGAUCAGCUCAUCAUGAUGAAAAUGGAGUUUUACUUAAUAGAUUUAGAUGUGAUGUUUUAGCAGAAUCAUUUGGUGGAGGAGGUCAUGUUGGUGCUGCAUCUCUUUAUAUGAAAAAAAAAGAAUGGAAAAAAUUAAUGUUUGAAUGA